AUGAGGACACCUGGAAUGGCGCUUUUCAAGCAGCAGGCUGUGGAGGAUUUCUAUGACAUUGGGCAGGAAUUAGGAAGUGGUCAGUUUGCAGUGGUCAAGCGUUGCACCGAGAAAAGCACAGGCGUCGAGUACGCCGCCAAGUUCGUCAAGAAGCGGCAAAAUCGGGCCAGUAGGCGUGGCGUGAGGCGCGAGGAGAUCGAGAGGGAGGUGAACAUCCUGCAGCAGCUCCAGCACCCCAACGUGGUCGCCCUUCACGACGUCUAUGAGAACCGUACCGACGUGGUGCUCGUCCUUGAACUAGUUUCUGGUGGAGAGUUGUUCGAUUUCCUGGCUCGUAAGGAGUCGCUUUGUGAAGAGGAGGCCACUCAGUUUAUCAAACAGAUCCUGGAUGGAGUCCAGUACAUCCACUCCAAGAGGAUUGCCCAUUUUGAUCUAAAGCCUGAAAAUAUAAUGCUACUGGACAGGAAUGGUCCUCUUCCCCGCAUCAAAAUCAUUGAUUUUGGAUUAGCACACAAGAUGGAAGAUGGAGCAGACUUUAAAAAUAUUUUUGGAACCCCUGAAUUUGUUGCUCCAGAGAUAGUCAACUAUGAGCCCCUGGGAUUGGAGGCAGAUAUGUGGAGCGUCGGUGUCAUCACGUAUAUUCUUUUGAGCGGAGCGUCACCUUUUCUCGGCGACACAAAGCAAGAAACGCUGGGGAACAUCUCGGCCAUGAGUUACGAAUUUGACGAGGAGUUCUUCAGCAACACCAGCGAGUUAGCCAAGAGCUUCAUCAGACAGCUGCUAGUGAAAGACACGAGGAAACGGAUGAGCAUACAAGACGCCUUGAACCAUCCUUGGAUUAAGCCUCACAAUACCAGACAAGCUAUGGUCAAGAGGUUGUCUGUGGUCAACUUAGAGAACUUCAAGAGGCAGUAUGCCAGGCGCCGGUGGAAGCUCUCAUUCAGAAUUGUGGCUCUGUGCAACCACUUAACACGGAUCAUGAAGAAGGGCCACAAACUUCCAGAACAGGAUGGGAGGGAUUGUGAGAGUGACCAGGAAGAAAUUGAAAUCCUGAAGAGGCGACCCAGGACCAGAAAGAGAAGCAGCACUUCCUGA